GCGAACGUCAGCCCCAACGCGUGCAUGCGCAACAGCGCCGAAAUUUUUUUACUGCCGUUCGGGGGUCAAUCUAGGACCGGGACUGGGCCGGCGGGGGCCCAAGUGGGCCGGGGCCCACCGGGUUUUUUCCCGGUUUCCCGCCGGCCCAGUCCGACACUGAACAUAAACCAAAAUUUUCAUCUCAUCAAUCAACCAAAUUUACAUUUUAAUAGUAUUCUGUAUCUUCUACUUCUUGGCUCCUUACUUCAUUUGCUAAAUGCUUGGUAAUAGCAUGUACAAAAAGCAUUUGUAUUUUGUAAAUGUUAAUCCGAUUUUCAGACACAAGUACGAUCUGUGUCUAAAACACAACUGGGCCUGGGAGUUAUUUAUUGUACAUGAACAGCAGCAGCACAAUUGGUUACUUUUUUUUUAUUAUUUUACUCAUUCCCUUAUUAAAGAUGGCGAUGUCUAAAUCAACGUCACAAGUUCAGUUUCUAUUGGCAGCUGGCUAUACGGAUGUAAUGAUUUGAUAUUUUCCCGCCUUAGUUGCGCACUCUCGCGUUCCUUGCUUCUGCCAGUGAGAGACGUUGUUCCCGCGUGACGUACUGGUGAGAGCGCGCAUAGUCUCGGAAACGCGCGGGACAAAAUGGCGGCGGCCACAAGAGAUAGACUGACUGAGCUAAUGUAGGGAAAACCUGCAAGAAUGACAAAAGUUGUGAAAGCAUGAGAGAAACUGCAUUGAGUUUGAAGAUGGUGAGCAGCCAGCCUAAGUAUGACCUGAUCCGGGAGGUGGGCCGUGGCAGCUACGGUUUGGUAUAUGAAGCGCUGGUACGCAGAACUGGCCAACGGGUAGCUGUUAAGAAGAUCCGCUGCCAAGCUCCUGAGAAUGUUGAAUUAGCUUUACGGGAGUUUUGGGCAUUAAGCAGCAUCCAGAGCCAGCACCCAAAUGUAAUUCACCUGGAAGAGUGCGUUUUACAGAGGGACGGCAUGGUUCAACGCAUGUUACAUGGUUCCAGCUCUGUUCUCUACUUACCGUUGGUAGAGACGUCGUUGAAGGGCGAGAUUGCAUUUGAUCCACGCAGCACCUAUUGUCUGUGGUUUGUGAUGGACUUCUGUGAUGGAGGCGAUAUGAAUGAAUAUAUUCUUACCCGCAGGCCAAGCCGCCGCACUAACACCAGCUUCAUGCUGCAGCUAAGCAGUGCUCUUGCCUUUUUGCAUAAGAACCAGAUCAUCCACCGUGACCUUAAGCCAGACAACAUUCUGGUGUGCAAGUCUCGUGAUGGAGUAGAUGAGCCUACACUCAAAGUGGCUGACUUUGGUCUCAGCAAAGUGUGCUCAAGCUCUGGCUUGAACCCAGAGGAACCAGCCAAUGUUAACAAGAGUUUCUUGUCUACAGCCUGUGGCACUGACUUCUAUAUGGCACCCGAAGUGUGGGAAGGACAUUACACAGCCAAGGCAGACAUAUUUGCUUUGGGUGUCAUUCUUUGGGCCAUGCUGGAGCGGAUUACCAUCACUGACACUCAUACCAAAAAGAGACUGUUGGGAGGCUAUGUUCAGCGGGGGGCUCAAGUGGUGCCAGUAGGGGAAGCUUUGUUGGAGAAUCCAAAGCUAGAGCUUCUUAUUCCUGUUAAGAAAAAGUCCAUGAACCGGCGCAUGAAACAGCUGCUGCGCCAGAUGCUUUCUGCAAACCCACAGGAGCGUCCUGAUGCCUUUCAACUAGAGUUGAAACUUAUCCAGAUAGCUUUCAGAGAUUUCACAUGGGAGACGUAAGAUCCUCCGUUAGUACAUUGUAAGGGACUAAACAGGAUCUGCAGAAUAGCUUGUGAUUGGAAAUAUAAUACCGCCUUUUUGUUUCAUAAUCACAAAAUAUUCUUAGUAGCCCUGUAAAAAAAUGAUCAAAUUAAUAUGAAUGUCAUAGGUUGUUUCAGUAACCUGUUGCUUUACCUCUAAAUGCCUCUGUUCUCUUUCUCUGCCCUAGCAGAACAUGAAACAUGCACUGAAUAAAUUCCACACUAGAGGUGGCUUUGACUGCCUCAGGUGUAGCACAGAAGGGCUUGGUGUUUCAGAUCUUUCAGGUCUCUUGUCUUGUAGAGCCAAGCCUCUGUCUUAUAAUAAUAAUACAAGCGGUUGGCUACUUUUCUAUAGCACUGUUUGCCUCUUCAGUAGCAGAUAUUGGAUGAUAAACCACAACCUGUAAGUUUGGCAGCACAUGGGUUAUAAUUUCACAUUCCAGUGACAAUGCUUGACCUACACAAUAUGUGUGAUCAGCUGAUGAUUCAUAAGUUAUACAUGAGCGUAGAAUGGGUUUUUUGUUUUUAUGACUGUAUGUAUUUAUUAAUAUGCAGUAUAUGUGCAGAGAUGACUGCAUUUCAAUGUUAGAUGUCCCCCAAGUGUCUGUCAAUAGAAGAUUAGACUUCUUUACUAAAUUAUAUAGAUGUGGCCUCCCCAACAUGUGGUGUUCAGAAUUGUAAAUCACUUGUAUAAUUAAAACAUCUUUGUUUAUUGCUAGCUGUCUAACAGUAUCCAAUUCUUGAGUUUAACCCUUUGCAUGCUGAGGGAUUUGAUCCACCAGUGCUGCAGUAAACACACUGUGACAGAACAAAGAGAAACAUGGAAGCAUAGUUGCCACCACAAUGGUAUUUUUGUCUCCGUGCCAUAUAUUCUAAAUGAUUGAAGGCCUAAGGGUUAGGUCACAACGUUAUUGGGGAGAAUAUUCUAUAUGGGUGUGUUUUUGGUAGUUAAUGAUAAUUUGUGAGUUUUUAUGCACAGAGGUUUCAGUUUCAAAAGGCUAGAAAAAAAACACAUUUGAAAUGAGUAGAUCUAGGAUUUUGACCUCCAAAUUAUUUAAUUAUUUUACUGUUAUGAUAUUUAAAAGCAUGAAAUGUUAUUAAAAUCUGAAAAAUGUUGUGCUUUAGAGAUCUUUUAGUUGACUACAGCAAUAGGUCUGCAAUUUAUGGGAGAUACUCUUCCAAAUUACCUGCAUAUAUAGAUUUUUUUUGCUUGCCAUAACAUCUCUCCCUUUUUUGGGGAAGCAAAAAAAAUGGUGUUACAAACUAAGUGUAGGACAAAGGAUCUCUUAGCAAUGGCUGAUCAUUCAUUUUUAUAAACAAAGAUAUAACAAUAUAUUUCACUGCUUUAAUGUACAUAAUCCAACAUUGCCUUCAGGUAGUCCUCCCAGUGAUCGUUAUGGUUGGCAUGCUCAAGUAUAAUAUUAUUAUUUACAUAUAAUUUGCAGAUAUAUGUUACAAACAGCAGUGAUUGAAUUCUCCUCGCCAGCAUAAAGAUGAGCCACUUACUAUCCAGCAAACCCUUUACACGCAGCACCACAUUCAUGCAAUCCUACUGUCAAGCACCACACAUGCACAUUCAUUUAUUUUCCCCAUUGAGCAAAUAAAAUAGCAUAUUAUAUUUUAUGAAAAAAAUGCAAAAAAAGUUCAAACAAAACUUGUAAUUUAUUGUGAUGUUUCAGCUGUUAAUAAAUUGUAAACAUUA